GCAAAUGACGCUGAGUUCGGGUUGGAAACCUGCAAAACAUCCAGGAGCUCGAAGCAUUGUUCACGGUCCAGAUCGCGCUCAGUGGAGCGGAAGCGCAAGUCAGGAGACAAGAGACACAGAAGAAGCCACAGCAGAAGCAAAGAGGUAACUAAUUUUAGUCCAUUGAUGUCAUGUAGACCUAAAUUAAACUGGUCACAUCAUCAUCAGUAGUUUUACAGCUGGCAUUUCUAGUUUUAGCCGGUGGUAAGUAUGCAGCUUAGACAGUAAGAAAUGAAAUGCCAGACUGAGAGGAAAAGCACUGAUAUAAUCACAAGUGCAUGUAAUAUUAAAUAAUAUUCAUGUUGAUAACAGAUGGAGAGAAAUGUCUGUUUGGGAGCUUUUUUAACGUCCUGUAUUUUAGAUCAUAUGAUAACAUUUGUAUAAUAAAUUACACUCAGCGUGCUAAUGCACGAAGAGACACUCUGAACAGAAGACGCUGCUGACAGAUAGCAAAAUUAUAUGCCUACUACCUGGACAGGCACGGAAGAAAGACUCUGAGAAAGCUCUGAAAUGUCAGAGUGGAUCAGAGGAGCAGAUGGAGAUGUCAGAUAAAGGCCGAGACAGGCUGUCUGAAGAAGUGGAGGAACGACAUCGCAGAAAAGACAAGAAGUCCUCCAGACCGAGAAGCCUAUCAAGAUCACGUUCAAAGGAAAGACGACAUCACGGUCGAAACUGGGACAAAAGAAGAUCUCGCUCACGCAGUGGUGAACGGCGAUCGAGGAGUCGCGAGAAAAAGAGACGGGCCAGGUCUCGCUCAAACUCCAGAAGCAAACACAGACAUCACAGCAGGAGCCGGAGCAAGAGCAGGGAGAAGAAGAAGAGGACAGAGAAAGCGCGGAGAAAAAGUCGCAGUCGGUCAGUUAGCCCUGUGACCUUCAGGGGUAGAAACACAGCCAUGGAUGCUCAGGAAGCAUUGGCUAGAAGGUUGGAGAGAGCAAAGAAGCUUCAAGAACAGAAAGAAAAAGAAUUGUUGGAGAAACGGCAACAAGAGCAAGCAGCAGCGGCUGCUCCACCGUUGAGUGAUCCGGUCACCACUGCUCCCAGUCCAGCGCUGAACGUCGCAGCUCUGCUGGCCUCGGGCACACAGGUCACUCCCCAGAUCGCAAUGGCAGCUCAGAUGGCAGCGCUUCAGGCCAAGACGCUGGCCGAGACUGGCAUUGCUGUGCCAAGCUACUACAAUCCCUCAGCGGUCAACCCAAUGAAGUUUGCCGAGCAGGAAAAGAAGAGGAAAAAGUUGUGGCAGGGGAAGAAAGAAGGGGACAAGUCACAGACAGCUGAGCUUUGGGAGAAGCUGAAUUUUGGCAAUAAAGACCAAAAUGUGAAGUUUCGCAAGCUUAUGGGAAUUAAAGGUGAAGAGGAAGGCACUUCAUCAGGAGCUACUAACGAAGAAGGUCUUAAAACCUUGCAGCAGCAGGAAGAGAUGUUUCGCAACCUGGACGUCCAGUACGAGAUGGCCCGCUCACAGACACACACGCAGAGGGGAAUGGGCCUUGGUUUCUCCUCCUCUUUUUCAUCAAGGGGCAUGGAUGCUGUCUGAACAUUCUGUACUUGUGCUUCUCGUCUCUGUAAAUUCUGGCCGGUGUUGCCCCUGUAAAUCUGGUUUGUACGUGCUUGUAGAGAAUGCUGGUGCAUUAGCUUGCAUGUAUAAUUCAUCAGACCUGUUGUUUUAUUCAUUUUGCAAAAUUCACAUGUAAAUACAGUUGAUUGCACAAACAUA